UUUAGCUAUGAAAUCUCGACAGUGAUAAUGACUGAUGGUUGCUUACACUGCUUAAACCGAGUUCAGUCUCCAGCACAUAUCACCUCGCAUAGAUUUGCUUACACCGAAAGACCUCCAGGCGCUAGACGCGCAAGCAUUCUGCAAUAAGGAGAAAUGCGCAGAGAUCUUUUUUAUGGUCUCCGGUUCUUAUUAUUUUCUUUUUGUACACCAAAACAUUUAGUGGACAAAGUCACUGGACGCCGAUUCGAAGCUGCACAGCCGAUUGGCUGUGAGAAAACAUAAGUGGCAUUCUCAUGAUCCACUUGUACUCCGUCUCCAAGGGCCGUGGGCUCCGCCCCUCUCAGUGGUGUGGAAACAACACGCAUGGUCCGUGGACAGGCAGACCUUGGAGAAGCGACUGGAUUGUGAGACAUGGAUGGGCAUUACCGGUGUGUGAAACAUGGGAAUUUCAAUGUUAGAGCGCAAGCGGGCAAAUCAUGACCGAGGCGGAGACAGAGGUUUGUGGAUUAUACCAGCCAAAGGAACAAACUGUCUUAAGAUCUAGUGACAAAAUGCCAGAAAAAUCAUUACGGCCCUGCAGCCUUUGAAUCAUGGGAAAUGCUGAGAGCCAGAAUGGGGACCAUGCCCUCUAUGGACGUGGCUAUUUGUCACGUAAGCACAUGUCUCGGUCUCUUCGCAUCUCCAACAAGCAGUCCAGACGCUCUCGCCAUGCUUCAUCAGGAAAAAUAGAGCACAGGAACUCUGAGACAAGCACGCGCUCAAGUAGCACACCCAGCAUCCCACAGUCCCUGGCUGACAAUGGCCUGGAACCCUUCAAUGAGACAAAUAUCCUCCCAGACUUUGGAAGCCCCAUUUGGGUGGACCGGGUGGCCAUGAAUCUGCGUCCAGUAUCCUUUUACAAUGACCUGGCCAAUCCCUCAAUGCACAUAACCCUACCUGGUCCCAUGGCAGAGGAGGUGCAGGAUGAAGAUAUGUACGCAGGUGAAGUGAAAUACCUCCAGAAAACCCCAGACUGCUCCAAGGAGACUGUUGGCUUCAAGAAGAGGUCUAAAUCUGCAGACAUGUGGCGAGAUGACAGCCUGGAGUUCUCCCUGUCUGAUGUCAGUCAAGAUCACUUGACCAGCACAGAGGAGAUUAUAGACUUGACUAACGAGAGGGACUUCACUGGCUGCGAAGGCCACCUGCAGUCCAGCCCAACAGACUCCACUGACAGGGCAAACUCACUGGAUGAGCUGUAUAGCCAGAUGAGUCCUGCCUCCAGGCAACUCCAUGGCCGCUAUGCAAAGUGGCACAACACCAACAGGGCUAUCAGGGAGGGUGAGGACGAUAAAAUGCUAUCUCCAUCAGACGAGGAUGGAAACACCUACGGUGCAUACACCCUUCCCUGACGACGUUCACACUGCUUGUCUGAAGGCCUGACCAGCCACCAAGUUGAAAUGUGUGCCAGCAUGCAGGGCAGGAGGGCGCAGACUAUACAGGAUGUCACAGGCGGGGAGGGCAGCGAAUAUGAGGACAGCGGCAUCGACGGGGUGACGGUGGAGCCGGAGCACCAGUCUCGCCGCUACAAGACCAUGUCGGCCUCCUUCUCUGUGUUCUCAGUGCAUGGCAGGAACAUGUUCACUGGCAGUGACAGCGGGAGCAGCAGUGGCGGCGGAGGGGCCAGCGAGUGCGUUCAGGGCGUGUACGAAAACUUCCGUCAGGAACUACAGAUGAGCUCCUGCCAGACUGAGAGCUUGGAGGAGGCGGGGUCUGCCCUAAGUGAUGAGCAGAGCACUAUGAGCUCCGCCUACCAGUCCGACCUCUUACUCAGUGUUGUCCAAGGGAUGGUGCGCAAAGCUGGCAAACUUGCUGUUAAGAACUUCCUUGUGCAUAAGAAAAACAAGAAAGUGGAGUCAGCCACAAGGCGCAAGUGGAAGAGUUACUGGGUUUCUCUCAAAGGUUGCACGCUCUUCUUCUAUGAGACUGAUGGACGUUCAGGAAUUGACAACAACAGCAAUCCCAAACAUGCCAUCUGGGUGGAGAACAGUAUUGUCCAGGCUGUACCAGAACAUCCCAAAAAGGACUUUGUGUUCUGCCUCAGCAAUUCCCUGGGAGAUGCCUUUCUGUUCCAGACCUGCAGCCAGACAGAGCUGGAAAACUGGAUCACAGCCAUCCACUCAGCAUGUGCCACUACUGUCGCCCGCCAGCAUCACAGAGAGGACACUGUUCGGCUACUUCGCGCCGAGAUCAAGAAGCUCGAGCAGAAGAUCGACAUGGACGAGAAGAUGAAGAAGAUGGGAGACAUGCAGCUGUCUGCUGUCACUGACACCAAGAAGAGGAAGACGAUCCUGGAUCAAAUAUUCUUGUGGGAGCAGAACCUGGAGCAGUUUCACAUGGAUUUAUUUCGCUUUAGAUGCUACCUGGCCAGUCUGCAAGGAGGAGAGCUGCCUAACCCCAAACGCCUUCUGGCUUUUGCCUCUCGCCCCACCAAGCUGGCAAUGGGCCGGCUGGGUAUAUUCUCGGUCUCUUCCUUCCAUGCAUUGGUGGCAGCCCGCACAGAGACCGGAGUGAGGCGGCGAACGCAGGCCAUGUCUCGUUCCUGCAGUAAGCGCAAGAGCAGGUUCUCUUCCCUCUGGGGUCUGGACACUACCUCAAAGAAAAAGACAAAAGCCCACCCAACGGUCAGCCAGGUUUUUGCUGAUGGUGAAGAGCCCAUUAAAAAGCCAGUAGAUGGCAUAUAUGUUGAUCCUGCUAAGGAAAACACAAAAAGUGAGGAGGGAACUGUGAAAAGCCUUCCACGACCCAGCACAGAGAGCGAUAUCUGGGUUCCUGACCACCUUACACCCUCCUGGGUAUGUCUCCCAAAUGACCAGCCCGUGCUAACAAUCAUCCAGCCAGGAGAGUCUGCACUGUGUGUUCUCGAGUCCAUCUGCAAGGCUCAUCAGCUCGAUCCCACUAAACACUACUUACGACUCAAAUUCCUUAUAGAAAAUCAAGUGCAAUUCUACAUUCCCAAACCAGAGGAGGAUAUAUGUGACUUGCUGUACAAAGAAAUUGAGCUUUGCUCUAAAAUAACUAAAGUAAUCCAGUUUGACAGAGAUGAAUCCUGCAUGAUUGGUUACGGUUUCUCCAUUUCGGUGGUGGAGGAGGAUGGAGUACAGCAGCUCUACAUCACCGAUGUAAAGGCAGGGGGAUUAGCCUUUGCUAAAGGUCUGAACGCAGGGGAUGAAAUACUUCAGUUAAAUGGAAAAGACUCCCAUAGUCUUAAUUUCUCUGACAUGAAAGCAGCAUUCUCUCAGGCUUCACUGGCUCUGACAGUCAACACCUUGCCUGCGGUGGACCGCCGUCAGCUCUGCUACUUGCCGCCACGCCGCUCAGAUGCAGAGGAAGAUCUCUACACUGACAUUUUCUCCCAAAGUCAAGAGGAAAUCCUGGAUGAUGGAGUUGGACUGUUUCUGGAGAGCUCAGGAGACAGCCUGGAUGACGACUCUGAGAUCUUCAGUGAGUUCGACGAGUGCACAAAGAGUACGGAGCAGGUCGCCGCUUUCUGCCGCAGUCUCCAUGACAUGAAUUCCUUGGAGUGUGUGUCCUCUUCGCCGAGCCCGGAAUCGCCCUUUCCACCUCCUGCAACUCCCAGACAGCUCUCUGAUGCCGACAAGCUCCGCAAAGUCAUCUGUGAACUCGUGGAGACCGAACGCACCUAUGUCAAAGAUCUCAAUUGCCUCAUUGGGAGAUAUUUAACCCCACUGCAGAAAGAGACCUUCCUUACUCAGGAUGAGCUGGAUGUUCUGUUUGGUAACUUGCCAGAAAUGGUGGAGUUCCAAGUCGAGUUUCUCAAGACUCUGGAAGACGGGACGAGACUGGUUCCUGAUUUGGAGAAACUGGAGAGAGUGGAUCAGUUUAAGAAAAUCCUCUUCUCCCUCGGAGGCUCUUUCCUGUACUAUGCAGACCGGUUUAAGAUCUACAGUGCUUUCUGCGCCAGCCACACCAAAGUCCCUAAGGUCCUCGUGAAGGCCAAAACUGACCCCAAUUUUAAGGCCUUUCUGGAUGAACGAAACCCCAAGCAGCAGCACUCUUCCACACUGGAGUCUUACCUAAUCAAACCCAUACAGAGGGUUCUCAAGUAUCCCCUCCUGCUGAAGGAGCUCUUCUCGCUCACAGACCCAGACAGUGAGGAACAUUACCACCUCGACGUUGCCAUGAAAGCCAUGAACAAGGUUGCCAGCCACAUCAAUGAAAUGCAGAAGAUCCACGAGGAGUUUGGAGCUGUGUUUGAUCAGCUUAUCACAGAGCAGAGCAGUGAAAAGAAAGAGGUUGCUGAUCUGUCAAUGGGCGAUCUGCUUCUCCACAACACUGUGACAUGGAUUAACCCACCUGCCUCCUUAGGAAAAUGGAAAAAAGAACCCCAGAUGGCUACAUUUGUGUUCAAAACAGCAGUGGUCUUUGUUUGCAAGGAGGGGUCCAAGCAGAAGAAGAAAAUGGGAGGUUCCCACCGGGUCUCUGUAUCUUCUGAAGAAAAAGAUCCCUUCAGAUUCCGUCACAUGAUCCCAACUGAUGCCCUUCAAGUCCGGUCUAUGACCAAUGCAGAUGGCGAGGGCUCUGCUGUGUGUGAGAUUAUCCACACAAAAUCGGAGUCAGAAGGAAGACCAGAAAGGACAUUUCACUUGUGCUGCAGCUCUCCGGAGAGCAGAAAAGACUUUGUGAAGACAGUCCACUCCAUCUUGCGAGAAAAGCAUCGCCGGCAGCUCCUAAAAACAGAGAGCUUACCACUCAACCAGCAGUAUGUACCCUUUGGAGGAAAACGGCUGUGUGCUCUGAAGGGAGCCCGCCCCACUAUAAAUAGAGCAGCAUCUGCCCCGACUAGGACUCUCGGCCGAAGGAAGUUAGUGCGCAACCGUUUCACCAUAGACACGGAUAUUGUUUUUGAUGGUGAUCCUGAACAGCAAGACCUCGUUUCACCAGAGGAGCCUGGCUCAAAACGGUCCCAGCAGGAUGAGGAACCAGAUCAGCAGCAGCAGCAGUCUGACUUGGCAGGUGACACAGACCGCUGGGUGGAAGAACAAUUCGACCUAGAAGAAUACGAAGAUCAAGAAGAGGUGAAGGAAACUGACAUCCUCAGUGACGACGACGACAACGACUUCUGCCAGACACCAACACCUGCGUCCAUUGAGACUGACCUGGAGGCCCCAGUCAUGGCUUUGACCUUGGAGGGUGUGGAAAGAGAGAAGAAUCAAUCCCCAACAGCCAGUGAGACAUCUGACAUGGCGAAGCAGAGAACCAUGAUCAAUGACAAGACGGAGGAUCAAAAUCAGAAGGAGAAGGAUGAGAUUUGGGUAAGAAGGGAGCAAUCAGGUUUAUCCCCAGACUGUGCCACAUAAAAGCAGAUGCCAGAAGAUAGACAGCGAGUGUUCUAGACAGCUUUACAUGGGCUCCAUAAAAACAAGUCAUCACAAACAAUGCAUGAGCAUUGAUGUAUAUUGCACAGCUAGUAGAAG